AUGCCGCGCUCUUUGGACUUCAAUUUCUCCGAAACGCACGGGUUAUGCGGGACUUGGGCUAGUGACUACGCCGCAUUGCACAGCCGAAUACGCGCACGCGCCUUAAAAGCGUACCUGACACAGCAACACGCGGAGAAAUCAAGGGGGAACGAAGAGGUAGAGUCUUUUGGGACACCUCUUUUGAAGCCGUAUGGGAUAGAGCAGAAGCCUGCUGAGCUGAUGACGGAUGGACAGCUGGAUCCGCCUGUUCGCUUUCUCACAUUCGAGUGGUUGGACGGCUGUGGCGGCUUCGCGGACGUUCUCGCGGGGCUGGUAACCGCAUUAGUCGUGGCUAUACUCGACAAUCGCGCGCUUAUAGUCCGAAACCACUGCCUUCCCAAAGCUUUCGAACCCAGCAUGAUCAACUGGGAGCCCGACCCGUUCGUGCCGUUGGAACCUGCGCGGAACCUCACGUUGGUGGACUAUGGCUGGGGAAGGAUGAUCCCCGAGCGCGCGCGCGACGGGGAGGUGGUGCUGGUGUGGCUGCGGGAUAAGUUCGUGCGGAUCGAGCCGUUUUUUAAGGAGCUGGAAGGCGCGGUGAACGUUCGCAUGACGAGCAACCGCGGCGUGCUGACGUGGCUGCAGACGAGGGCGAAAGGGGAGUGGGCGGAGAGGUUUAAGGCGAUGGGUAUGCGGCUGCCAUACGCGCUCGGAUGCUCGCUGCGGUUCCUCAUGCGUCCCAAGCCAGAGGUGCAAGCGCUGUUCCACAGCAUAGAGCGGCGCCUGCGGAGGAGGUCGUGGGCAGGGAAGGCAGGCGCGGGGAGGCCGCGGGUGGCAACAGUGGGGAUCCACAUCCGCGUGCGCGACCGGGUGGUGUGGGCGGGCGACAGGGGGGCGCCCAAGGAGCUCAGUGCGAAGCAGGUGGACGUGCUCAUUGCUGGCGCCCGGAAGUGGAUUCUGUGCGCGAAGCGUGUGGAAUCGUACUGGUUCCCGUCGUCCGUUGCGGUGCGAUGGAUGCUCAUCACCAACUCAGCGCAGCUCAAGGCCGCUCUCAAAUCUAGAUUUCCCUACAAG